AGGAGCGUGUCUCCAGAGGGAGGGAGAGUUCAGCUCUGAACUCCUCAACGUGGAUUAGAAAGAAGCCUCCUCACGCUCUGCUCAUGUUUAGCUUUUCUGUGUUUCACCGCAUGAAACAGCAGCAUGACGCUGAGGAAAUGACUCUUUAAAACCCACACUGCUUUGAUCCCUUUUCCUUUCUUCGCCCUCUCCAAACGCCGGACUGGAGUCAUGUUGCCAAAACACACCGAGGAGGGCUUUCCUCCAUCUGCCCGCGUGUCAGUGGAAACCCGGUGUGGCGUGAAGGGAGAGGAGAGAGCGCGCGGGAGCCGAGGAGCAGAGGAGCGCCCAGAGGAGGAGGAAAAGGAUAAUUAGUGGAGAACAAAAGCAGCUGAGAGACAAACUGUAGACAUGAGUUUACCAACUAACUGUGUGUAUCUGACGCCGUCAGUCCAGGAUCGCUACUUCAAAAUGCGGAACGGGAAUAUCUGCGGGUCGCCGUGCGCCGUCAACCGUCCCAUCGACAUCGUUCAAAAGCGCAGGCGUUUUGAUGUGGAGAAUGGCCUGUCGGUGGGUCGCAGUCCACUGGACUCUCAGACUAGCCCAGGUUCUGGUCUGGUACUUCAGGCCAACUUUCCCCACAGUCAACGCCGCGAGUCCUUCCUCUAUCGCUCUGACUCAGACUUCGACCUUUCGCCCAAAACUAUGUCCCGCAACUCGUCCACUGCCAGCGACCUGGAGGAGGGAUUGAAGCAUUGGGAAGUCAAUUGGCUACCUCGGUGAGACAAAGUGUGAAGAUUGCUGUGAUUUUUCUGUCUAUCUCUUUGGCCUGUGCCACACUGUCAUGAGUCACAUCUCCCACGCUUUUCCCAAACACGAUCCGAACAACUUUAUCUUGGAUGCUCAAAAGUUUGAGAAACAGUCCCAGCAACCAUUUGACAGAUGCUGAUGUGUU